UCCUAGUUUGCCACAGAGUAAAGAAGACAACUGAAUGUGAACUGACGGUUGUGUUUAUACUAUGGACGCAAAGUAACCUAUUAUUCCAGAUGACUUGAUCAACAACCUGUCAACAUGGCGACGCCCCCAUUGACGUUAUCACAUGUUCGAUUGAAGUUACUGGUGGCUGUGAACGGAGAGACCUUCAACUUAGAUUUACCGAAAAUAAAUAGUUUGGAACAAAAACUGGAAGAAUUUGAAAGUCAUUUGAAAAUACAUACCCAAUUGCGAAAUGUGCACCUAAAAAGAAAAUUUGAAUACGACAACGAAUCGUCUUAUUGGCUUACCUGUGUUCUGGAAAGCGUACAUGAAUACAAAGCAUUUUAUGAAAUUGCAAAGAAGCAAAAAAAGCCUAAAAGAAGCAGCAAAUUAUCACAUUUAUUCACCAAUUACAUGGAAUCGACGAAAAUACUGGAAACAUUUAAUCAACCACUUAACAGCCGUAUAAAGAUGAAGUUAUUGUUUGAUAAAACACAAUAUCAACACUUGAAACAAGAUGUACAUUCACAAGGAGAUACGACAGGAUUCCAGGAACCGUCAGAGCAUCGCGUUGAUGACAUGCAUGAUUACGGCUCCACUUCAGUAGAUGGACACAUAAACGAUAAAUUAGUUGAAGAAACGUUUAUUAUUUAUUGUGGCAAUGAUAUUUGUGAAGCGUCAAUAGAAAGUAAUGGAAUCGAAGUAAGCAAAAGCAAAUUUCAAAUGCCAAAAUCAUUGCCGUCCUUAUGCAAAAAAACUUGUAUGUUACCAGAAGACGCACAGGGUUUCUACCAGUAUCACUUUAAAUCGAAUUCCUGGACGUUGUUGUCUUUUUUCAAGUCAUCCGCAGAAACAAAACACAGUCCACCUUUCAAGCAUGAAAGGUGUACUGUACACAGGGAUAUACUGUUGCGUACUGAGGCUGAAAUAAAAGCCCAUAUCAAAGAUAUACUUGACAACAACUAUUCAUUUAGCGAAAUGUGUAAACAGAUGCAGCAUGUGUGCGCCCAAUGUGAAAAGGAAGACAUUUCGAACGUUGCGCAAACUCUAUUAAAUUAUAAAGCAUAUAAUAAACAACAAGCAUUAAUCUGCGUUUUUGCAAUAUCGGAGCUAUCAGGUCUUUUUGGAAAUACAAAAGAGUGUCGUAAAUAUAAUAUGAAAAAUAUUAUUUGUCUGUGUGAUGCGAUUUCCACUUCAACUUUGAGUGACUUUCCAGGAACAUGUCAUUCUGCCUUGAUAGAAACAUGUAAAGAGUUGUAUAGAACAUGCUGUGAGAAUAACUACAGCCUAUGUAAGUUUCUUGACUACUUCAAAGUUUUUCUAGGGGAUAAAGUACUUGAGGAAUUAAAAUAUUUUGAAGCUACUGAACAGUCAUGUCAAGAAAUAUUCACGGGAAAUGACAGUGAUGCCAUUCUUCAUCUCUUAAGCCUAGCAAACUUCUUCAAAGGUUCGGACCUAUAUCUAACUGUUAUUUCAACACUUAUUAGAAAUUCGCCCUUUCUUUUGGCAACACAACUUGUACAUGUAACGGAAGAGUCCAUGUGCGAAUCUGACAAAGCAUUAGCAAUAGAAAUCAUGCGGGACCAUGCACGCAAAGCUGAAAAAGAUGUUAGUUCAAUAAAAGAAAAAGCUGAAUUUAUUGAAUUAACAGAUGUAUUUGUACAUUUGGACCUUUUUGCGAACGCAGACUUCUUCAAUGUUGCCGAGUUUCUCAUACGGGACAUAAUUACUAAUACUGAGCCGUGGCAUGAAAAACAUGUUGAUAAUAUAUGUUCUCUUCUUAAACGAAUUAUUCAGAAACCUGCUUGUUUUCCGGACCCUAAGAUUAAAAUGGAUGUAGCUGAAGCUCUGGCAAAGUCAUCAAUACCUGACUUUCGACGGCAAUUCCUCGCAGUAGUUCAAACAGAAUCAUUUGCAGCCAUAAUCAGUAGCAUAGAAAAGAACACAUAUAAACAGUGGUUGAAUUUAGAACUUCCAUUAGUCACAGACUACAAAGGUAUUGAACGGGCGUUAACUAAAUUCAUUGAACUUUUGAACUUAAAAGGUGUUAACACAAGUACUGUCAAGGAGGUGAUCCGUGAUGUAGCCGAUAAAAUCAUGCAAUCAAUGUCCUUAACAGAUUUGCUUAUAUCCAUCACGGACGUAGAAGACAUUUGCGACAACGAGGAAUUCGUCUCUGAAAUCAUCAAGGCAAAAAUACACAGCCAUUUGCAGACCCGAAAAGAAUCACCGCUGGAUAUAAUUCGGCAAAUUUGUACAAACAAUAUAUUGAUUUUAAAAUCAAAAACCAGAUCAGAAAUAGCGUGUGAUGUCGUUGAUGUCAACUUCACGGAACAAAUUAUAAGGGGAACUUGCAACAUCUACGAGUUGUUCAUCUCUCACAUAAAACACGCCUCAUUUUGGAACACUGUGUGUUCACCACAUGGCAAAAACUAUAAUUCGCUUUACGAACACAAAGCUGUUGCUUCCUUUAUGAAUAUGCUGCAGACAUUAGCAAGAGAAAUCGCAAAAAAAGAUGUGACUGUCGAUUUUGUUUCUAAAAUCAACAUACAUGAUGAAAAUACCAGAACGCUACUUAAACUGAGCGGCUUGAAUAUAACAGAUUUUGAUCAAUUACACUGUUUUGUUAAAGAUAACAGAGAGUUCUUAUGUAGAUCGUGUGAUGAGAUCUUCUUUGUCUUGAACGCAUUGCCCGGUAAAUUGCAAAAUAUACCAGGGCUUAAAUCUGUCAUUAACUUUGUAAGAGAUCAAAGAAAUCGUUUAUUAUCAACGAGUCUGAAAGUAAGGGAAAUUGAGUGUCAAACACACUUUUGGGGGGAAAAUGUGCUUCUUCCUAAGCUAUGUCAUUCUCUUAGAGCCUUUGUUGAAUCUAAAGUUUUUGAAAACGUGGUCGACAUUGAAUCAAACUGCAUAAUUAAAAAACAAGUUGAAUCAGACGACGGCAAUGAUGAAAAUGAAUCUUAUAUGCACUGUCCUCUUGAACCAUUGUUAGAUAAGUUUGAAACAUUACGACAUUGUUUAGAAUUCUUGACUUCAAAUGGGGCAUCCGCAUACAUGUAUGCAUGGAAAACAUUGGAAACCUCUCCUGGAACAGUUAAAAUGGAAUAUGUUAAACACAUGUUUAUGGAUUCAAAUAUAUCGGAUGAGAUAGCCAUGUAUGAAAAAUGCACAUCUUCUCCUAUUGAAGAAUCAGUUAAGCAUAUUUUACUGCAAAUAGAACAUUCCGAAGAAAUGUUUAAGGGUGUCGAAGUUAUACAAUCACUUUUGAAAACGUUCGGAUAUAAUGAUUCAGAUGAUCCAGACAUUCAGAGAGCCUUACAUUCUACAGAAAAAUUAAAAAAUAAAUUAGAAAUGGGUGAUAUUACUGUUGAUAUUGUAGAAAAACAUGUUAGUGUCGUUCAUAAACUCAUUGAAGACUUCAAUGAAGAUUCCCUGGCUAUAAUGGAGCAAGUGGCAAACGCAUCUAAAUUGCUCGAUUUCGUUAAAGAAAUAGACGCAGACGUUCGAAAUCUCAUUGAUGCGGUCGAAGAUAUUUCCGAGUCACAUGUUCAAGAAUCAACAGUUUCGGCUCUUAUCGAAGCAAAACAGUUUUUGCAUCCAAUCGUCCAGCACCAGGCAGAAGAACAUAAUAUUUUUAGUUUUUUACGCUGUUUUUACAAUGAAAUAAAGCAGUUGAAAGAUGCAAAAACAUUUCCUGCUAAAAUAUGUGAAUGUAUGGAGAAUGUACACAACUUAAAAUCGUUGUAUCAUUGUGUUGCUAACAGAGGUCAGCAAAGACGGAAAGUCAUUAAAAGUAUUGUGUUGAACGGGGAGUUUGUUUUUGAUUUACAUUCAAAUAAUGUUAUAUUAAUUGCGACUUAUUCGAUAUCGGAAAAUAAAUAUAGUAUUUCCGAAACGGCCCUGGUGGAUUUGCGAAGCCGAGCUCUCCUCUUACUCAAUACGGACAGACAUUCAGAGCAAAGCAAUCUUAAUUCUGAGGAAUUAAACGACUUUGUAAACUUAGUCGAUUGCACUAUUAGUACCAAAAAAACAUUAUUGGCAUUGCAUAUGUCAGGGCAUAUGGAUUAUUUUGAAUACAAACAAUCAGUAUCGAAAACCGAUUUGGAAAGUGUGAUUGAAAAAUUAAACACGAAACUAAACAAAUGGAAUAACGAGCUAAACCUUUGCCGCUGCAAGUAUUAUCUACUGAACUACUUUAAUGGAUGCCAGGUCAACGGAUUUUACAACUAUCUAGAACGAAAUACUUCUAAGAAACAUAAUUCUUCUGAAAAAGAUGUUAACACAUUUUUAAAAUUUAUACACAGAGACUUUGAUAUCGUAGAUCUAAAAGAUAAAUAUUCAGAAAUGAAAACAUCAUUAGAAGGAGAGAGUUUUUUAUUUUUGCUCGGUAAGUGUUUAGAUCAAGUGUAUAAGGAUCGGAAGUUAACACCACAAAAAAGAGUUGUUAAAGUUGCUGGAGAAAAGAUUAACACGUUUGCAGAAAUAUGUCAUGAAGGGCGACUAAUGCUUUUAAAUCUUGAAGAAAACAGUGAUUUUGUUGUGCGAACGAUUUUAGCAUUAUAUUAUAACACGUUCCAAUGUCUUCCGGAACCAUCACAUAUUAUGUUCUGUUCAGUCCAGACAUCCUUCGAGGAUAUCGAUUUGCUAAUCGAACGUUGUCUGGGAGCAAAAGCUUUUCAUUACGAUACUCUUUUAUUUUGCAUUGCAUAUGUUGAAAAUCUGUCAAGCGAGAAGCAAAUUCAUCUGGUAGACAGACUCCGAGAAAUAGAAAAAUCAGAAGACUUUAGAUUAGCAGUAAUAUGUAGAGGAUCAAAACACCAUCCUUUCGUAGAUAUACUAUCGGAAUUUAUGUCGAUGGUGCAGCCUGUCUCAGAUAAACUGCUAGCAACAAUAUUAUACACUAAGUUCGAAAACGUCACUACGUAUACGUCUGAAGUUGCAGGCUUGGGAAAAUCAUCGGUUAUAUCAAUGAAAGCAAGAAAGAACAGACAAAGUGUCGUUACUCUUCAUGUAAGUGGGCAUGUAAGUCGCGAUAAGUUUGUUGCAGAACUCAAACAGCUUAAUUUAAAAAACAAUCAAUCUUUACAUUUAGAUAUAGGCAGUGUCAACGACCCAAGAGAGUUGGACACUUUGGUGUUUGAACUGAUUGUUUUGUCAUAUAUUGCAGUUGGUAGGACAGCAUUUGCAUGUCCAACGAGCACAAUUUACAUAGAAAUUGCAAACUCUAUCAAUAAUUCACUUCAGAAUAGCUUACCAACUGUAACCUCAUUUAAAAAAAAACACUUAUCAUGGAAGAAUUUUGACAACUACAUAGCAAGCAAGGAACCCAGCAGUCCAAAUCAAGUUGUCUGUCAUUACCUAAAAGCUCUUCAAGAAAAUACAUUGGACUUGAAAGAAGUACACGUACCAACAGACCGACGUCUUUCUAAAAAAGAAUGUAGGGAGCUGCUUAGAUCAAACCUUGGUUUAAUUCCUGAUAUUUCAUAUUCGAUUGUACAUACGUUUCUGAACGUUUUAGCGGAUCAACUUAAAAAAUUCUCGUGCAGUGUAUUCUUCAGACUUCAAAACAUAUCUGAUAUGGUUGGAGGAAAAUGCAAAAUGUCGGUAAGGAGUUCUCUUGUAAAAACAAUGGUUGAAAUUUCAAUAGAAUUUGCUUGCAGGUCUGUACAAUCCUGCAGGUCGACGCAACUGUCAACAUUGACUAACGAUGAAAGCCAAACAAAAGUAAACGAUAUUGCAACAAACCUUGUACAUAGAACAGAAAGUAUGGUUAAGUGGGAAGACAGUAACCACUUGAUGUAUGUUUUUCAUAACCAAAAUAUUCAAACACUUUCUCCGGUGUAUCGCGACAAAAAGAAGGUACCAGAAGCCAUACAACAACUUUUUGAAACACAGCUAAAACGGCAAUUAGAAAAUUAUGUUGAACUUGAUCAGUGUCAAUUGCAAGACAUAUUGCAACGAGUGGCAAGAACAAAUCCUUUACCGCUCUCAAAAGAAACGUUGAGUAAAAUGACAUCGCAGUAUGCACUUACACCUGACAAUUUGCUUAAAAUGAUACUGAUUAUGUUUCGCAUACAAACAAAUGUUCCUGUGUUAGUAAUGGGGGAAACAGGAUGCGGAAAAACAUCACUGAUAAGAUAUCUCGCAGGGAUAUGCGAAGUACCUUUUACUGUUCUGAACAUUCAUGCUGGUAUAACAAAUGAAAACGUUAUUGAUAUUGUCCUCAAUGAGCACGAACAAUGUUUAAAAAAUCCGAACCAAAAACGAUGGCUUUUCAUUGAUGAAAUUAAUACAACCGAAUGUAUUGGUCUAAUAUGUGACAUAAUUCGUCAUCGCACAUGUCGCAGAUUUGUUUUAGCUCCUAAUCUGACAGUGAUUGGAGCAUGCAAUCCUUACAAAAUCCGCACAUCUGAAGCAAUUUGUACUGCAGGACUUUCCGGGAAAGUGAAAACAGACGAGCUUUCAAAAUUAGUUUAUCGAGUGCUCCCAUUGCCUGAAAUGAUCGUCGAUUACGUAUGGGACUUUGGAUCACUAAGUGAUACAGAUGAAAAGAAAUAUAUUGAAAGAAUGUCAGAACCAGUGUUUGGUUCUGGGUCGGAAAUGCAUACUUUGCUGAGGGAUUUAAUAUCAGCAUCUCAAAUAUUUGUCCGUUUAGAAGAAAAAAACACAUGCGUGGUAAGUCUUCGGGAUGUUGGAAGGUGCAUUAUUCUCGUCUCUUGGUUUUUAAAGGUUAUACAUGGAAACGUUUCUCUUUUUAAAAAACCAAAAGAAGUAAGCGGUGAAAUAAAGUCAAUAGUUCUUGCACUUACCCACUGCUAUCAUUCAAGAUUCACAAAGAAGGAGACUCGCAAGUUGUAUAGGCAGUUACUGGUUCGGCACUUGUUAAAGCCAACGCGUGAAUUUAUACAGGCAGAAAACGAUGUCAACAAAAUAAUUGAAGAAGCACAAAGUGAAUUUCUUUACAGAAUGGAAUUGCCGUCUGGUACAGCAAAAAAUACAGCGUUGAAAGAAAAUAUUUUUAUGAUUUUGGUUUGUAUUCUCAACAAAAUUCCAAUAUUUGUUGUGGGUAAGCCUGGUUGCAGCAAAUCGUUGGCUAUGAAUAUUAUACGAAGUAAUGUUAGAGGGAAAGAUUCAAAAGAUGAAUUUUUCAAGACGCAGCCACAGUUAUACUGUGUAUCGUUUCAAGGGUCGGAAUCAUCUACGUCUGAUGGAAUAUUGAAAGUGUUUGAAAAAGCCGAAAAAUACCAAGAGUCAAAUAAUGUAGAUGAUGUUCUGUCUGUUGUUAUUCUGGACGAAAUAGGUUUAGCUGAAAUUUCAAGGUUUAAUCCGUUAAAAGUAUUGCAUAAUCUGCUUGAACCAAACGGAAAGUCAUUUCCAAAUGUGGCUGUUGUAGGAAUAUCAAAUUGGUCGCUAGAUGCUUCAAAAAUGAACAGAGCCGUCCAUGUUUCUAAACCUGAUAUGGAUAAAGAAGAAUUAUUUGACACAGCAACAUCUAUUUGUCAGUCGUUUGUUGAAUCAAUAAAACAUAAAUCCGCGGGAAUGCUGGGGACGCAAAGCCCGAGUAAAUUUCACCUAUCCGACAUUUCAGUAGAAUUAAAGUCCAUAGCGCAUGCAUACUUAUCUUACACAGAUAAGCUUCAAUUUAAGCAUUUUCAUGGACUGCGAGAUUUCUAUGCUUUAGUUAAAUUUAUUUCGAAAACACUGGCAACUCAAACGGUUAAGAGAACUGAUGGAAAGUCAAUAGCAAUUAUGGAAGGGCUCCAGAGAAAUUUUGGAGGACUCAAAAGCGAAAGGCGUAAUUUAGUGGCUGUGUUUGAACAGUGUAUUUCAAACACCAAUAAAGACCGACAGGUCCUUGAUCUUAUAGCAGAUAACAUAAAUGAUACAUUUGCUCGUCAUUUAAUGGUAAUCACAUCAGGGGAAUCAGUAUUAGGGCUCCUUGAAAAGAUUUUACAAGAUGCUGGUAGAAAUAAACCUGAAAUCAUAUUUGGCAGUCAAUUUGAAGAGGAUCUGACGGAUGAUUAUCAUUAUCGUAUUUUGAGUAAGAUCAUUCUUUGUAUGGAAGAAGGAAUAAUUUUGAUACUUAAGGACCUUGAGCAUAUAUAUGGCAGUUUGUAUGAUAUGCUCAAUCAAAAUUACACACGUUUUAGCAAGAAAAACACUUGUCGCAUUGCAUUGGGCCCUUAUAGUAACCCGUUCUGUCCGGUGUCGGAUUCUUUCAGAUGUAUUGUACUUGUAGAAGCUAAUCAAUUGCACAAAAUUGAUCCGCCAUUUUUGAGUAGAUUUGAAAAGCAGUACCUUUCGUUUGCGGACAUUUUAACCGAUGACGAAAAGCAACUUGCGCAACAAAUUAAUGUGUGGAUAGAUCGUGUCAGUACUAUCGAAGGACGUUCUUUCACAAAACAUGACAUUUUUCCGUUCUAUAAUGACGAUCUCAUAAUUUCAUUGGUCAUUUUGGUUAAACGAAAUAGAAUACCAAAUGUUGACAAAGAUUUUAAUCCUUUCAGCGAGUGCAUUAAACGCUUAAUGUGGAUUAUGACUCCCGACGCUGUUCUUCGAUUGAGAAACGCUAGUGAUGAAAAUGUAAGAAUGGAGAGCAGGCAAAUACUCAUCGAUUAUUUUAAAUUGCCUUUACACGAGGGACUUGAAACUCUCAUCGCUUUUCAUCACAAACAAAACCAGAUAGGCUUAUCAAAAGUCAGAAUGUUUGUUGUGUUCACCAACAGUAACAUUCACACCCGUCUGCCAGCUCUGAUUUCUGGUUUAUCAGUUCAAACAGAGAACCUUGGCACAUUUAAGUCUGAAAAGAAAUUGUCCAACAAAUUAAGAAAGUUUUGGCAAAGCGAUACCAAUGUGCUACUUAUUCACUGCCAUGCAGCUGACGAUGAGCAUCAUUUAACCCUGACAAUGUACUUAGUUAAUAAAAUACGGAUCGAAGAGGAAGAACACAUUGGUUAUAAACUAGUUUACAUGAUCCUUCAUAUGGGCGUGAGGAUCGUUCACGGUACAAUUGCACGUGAAGAUGACCUGAUUGACGGCUCACUAGAAAAAAUUAAUUUUCUGAGUGGUUGGGAUUUGUUGACUUUGGAAAGUCUGCAAAAACCUGUAUAUUCCGUUCCAUGUUUGUCAUCGCAGACUUUGAAACAAGCGAUUGAUAGCAUGCGACCGUUGGAAAAGUAUUUACACGACGAGUUGUUCUGGUCUUUCACCAGGAUUGGAUAUAGCCAAAGAAGUCGAAACGUCGAAAGUGUUUUAAAGGUUAUAGCCGACAUUCAAUCGUCUAAAUCGCUUUUACCGGCGCUAGAAAACAAAAUCGUGAAAUAUAUCGAGGACACUGUUGGCAGCGCAAGUAACGAAGAAUGGUGUGUACAUAUUGCAUGUAAUGCUAAUGCAUUAAAUACGUCUUCACUAUUUGCAGACGCCUUGUUACGACACAUUAUUUCUACAAUUAAAUCUCCACUUGCAAAGUUAAUAAUUAAAUUAGAACAAGUUUCAGCUUUGGACAGUUUCUUCAUAGAUGACAAUAAAUGUGUAUCACGACAAAAUUACUGGCUGUCAGUAUUUAAUAGCCCUUUCUUUUCUAUUAUUACUAUCGAUGAUGAGACCGGACUCGAGAGAUUUCAGUGCUCAACCCCUGAUCUUGGAUUGAAAGUGCCUUUUGGUCGACAAAUAUAUGAUGACAUUGAAAGUACUAGAGAUACGUUUAUGAUGGAAGUAGCGAGUGCUAAAGUUAAAUGCGACAUUGAGGCAAACACAGAGCUUCCUCGUGACGUCAUGAAGGAACUCAUUAAACAUCACGAAGAUAUUGUGAGUUUGAAAACACAUUUUAAUGAGUGUGCUGGAUAUAACUCGCAAUGUUUAAUAGACGACUACUGGAAAGACUACUGCAACCUUCUAUCAUACAAAUGUUGUUAUGGGUUACAACCUAAGGACCGAAUUGAAAUAACUUUAUGGGCCAUGAACAAAAUAGUUAAUUUUCCUGAGCUGGCUACAAAGUCUCCAAUCGAAGCACUUGUAUUUCUUCAUUGUACAGGAUGGACACACAUAUCCAAGUUUAAUGCGUUGAUUCAACUUUGCAGUGAAUUUGACGCGGGAUUUUCAUCUGUGGUAAGUCAAGUUAGCGAGUUAAAAUCAAAGACGAUGGAAGACGAACAUAUUGCUGACGACAUGUGUGAUGAAGAAACACGAUUCGGUUGCUUUGUAUCACAUUUAUGCUCAGUAGCAAUUCCUACUAAAGAAAAUCACACGAAAUGUAAAAAAGAUACUCAUUGGGAGAACGUGUUAAGAAACCUUGUUUUAGCAGUAAGAAACAUUUCCGAUUCGUCAAAGGAAUACCAAGCACUGAGACUUUGCAGUGAUAUCUACAGCAUAGCGGUUGUUCGAAAUAAAAUAUCGGAAGAUUUGAUUUUUGAUCUUGGCAUGUCAUUGACCAACAAUGAUAUUGAUUCCUCAUUAGUACAAGAUAAUAUAGAAAAGAUCAUACAAGAUCUCAAUAAAUCAGGGGCAUCAAGUGCUCUGUUCAGAAUUGUUCGACAAUAUCUGAUUAGUUGCAUUUCAUCAAAUGAAGACACCGAUUUCGCUUUUUUUUUUAAAUUGUUGAACACUAAAAUGAUUCCCAUAAAUGAAAUGCACUUGCUUAAAUUUCCAUUCGAGGUUCGAAUAGAUUGUGAAGUGUACGAGGAUAUGUCUGUGCUUAAAAACAUUAUAAGAGAUAAUCAGAAUGCCGAAAAUAAUCAGACAUUAAGUGAUUUUUUUCACUUGCUGGAUAAGUGUUUAAAUAAUAUUAUGCCCAACAAAAAUGAAACUCAUCCAUUUUACGCAAUGAUUACAGAUUUGCUGGAAUCUCAGUUCUACAAAUGUGUUGAACCGUAUGAUUCCGAUUUAAUCCUCGCCAGCGGAAGAGUCUUGCAAACAAAGCAUACUGAUUCAAUCGGCCUGAAAUUCAUUACAUCAGUAGCUUAUAUUCGAGCAUUCAUACGUUAUCUAUGUGUACGGGAAAACUUAAUUGAAGAGGCGCUAGUUGAUGCUUAUGCAUUUAUGCUUAACGGACUUGAAAAAUGUCACUAUAGAGAUCUUAUCCACAAUCUGAUGUUGAAAUACAUUUUAAACGGUGAAUGCAUUACUGAUGCUGUUGGAGGCACAACGCGUUUAGCCACAGGUGCAUGCAUAUCUGGUGUUGCCAACGUGCAUGAUAUGAUAGCAGACAAAAAAGGAUUGAGACAGAAACUCAAUUUGACAAAACAAUAUGCCAAAACGUGUUUUGAAUUUAACACACUGUGUCAUUAUGUGGACAAAGAGCUUUUAAUUCAAGCUUGCAAAUGUUUUGAAAUUCCACAAAAUAAUUCCAUCAAAUUAAAAUCAAACCUUGACAAUGUGUUGAAAGCUCAUACUAAACCUGACGAUAAUGCCCACCGAUCAAUGCUAGCAUUCAUCAUAUCACUUAAGGAAUUUUACCUUCCUAAGUACAUAAAAAUGCUGAAUGAUACGGAAAAAUUGCUAGCUUGGCCACUUGAAAUGUUAUUUGUAAAAUGUUUUACAUCCGCGCAAAAAGAACUGUUGAGGUGUACAUUGGGGCUAGAAGAUUUUGAGGAUUCUAGAUUAGUUCCUUGUCCACAAAUGAAAUAUCAACAGUUUGUAUGGAAUUCUGUUUUGGUGUCAUCUUUUGCGUUGGCUUUAGCUUAUUCAGGAAAAACACAUGAUGUUAAAGCUAGCGCCCCAGUAACGCAAUGCCUUUUAUAUCCAUUGGAACAGUCGGUAUUUAGUCUGUCAGGGUUUUCUUGUAAACCCACACACAACAGCGUUUCCCCCAAUAAAACAACUAGUUUAUAUUAUUGCAACUGUGGAACAGUGAUGUUAUUUCACCAGGAAUAUUCAAAAGAUAAAUGCAAAACAUGUGGAUCAGAUGUUGAUACAAUAAUUACUCCAUCUGAACAGUUAAUCAAAACGGAGCUAUUUAAAAAUGAGUCACCGACGCAGUCGAACCUUUCUCCUAUUUCACAAAAAAUAUUCCAGUUUUUUGGAGACGGAGGUUUUUUAGGUUCUUUGGCAUUACGAAUAACAAAACCAGAGCAAGUAUUUGCACGUUUUCCAGAUAUUGCGCCGUCAAAUAAUAUAUUCGAUUUUAUAUGGGCGAGAUUAAAACAACAUUGGGACGAAAUUAAAGGGAUGCUCAAUGCAGGGGAUUUUGAAACUGGCAUGUUUUUCCAUUUAAUCAUGCAGAAAGGCACACAUCUGUUGUUUAAGGACUCUCUAUGUUCAGACAAAAACCAAGAUAUAUCGGCCUGGGAAACCAAAUUUGAACACGUUGUAGCCGGCAUUGAAGACAACCUCUUUGAAGAAAUAAGCUUUCUUAUCCGAGACACUGAUACAAAGUUCGGUUUGAGCAGUACAUCUGUGGAAUUACAUUUACGCGAAUCUGCCGAAGCUUUCACAAAUGACUGUUGUUUGUUUAGGCAGACAAGGGUUGCUACAAAAUCAGAUUUUAGACGUCAGCUGUAUCGUCGGAAAGAAGACUUUCCAUUUUUGCAGUACGUUGUCGACAAUGAAGACAUUCUUUCACUACCUGUCCAUAUAUACAAUUUUAUUCAAUGGCAUCUAGUAUCCGUUGCCAAUAUCAACUUUAAUUUAAAGAGAAACGAGUGUUUGGAGAAGACCGUUAAUGAAUACCAAGCUCUUUUGAAAGAAAAUAAGGCUAAAGUGGCCAGCACAAAUAGAUUCAAGCAGUUUAAGGCAUCUUGGAAUGCAUUAUCAAAGCAAUGCCCUGGCUUAAAACUUAAGUUUAUAAAUAUAAAAAGCAAGAUGUGCGAUUGUCUUCUUUUAUCACAAGAAGGCCAGAUCUACCGUGUUUUAAAAUUAUUGAUCGACACUCAAAACCAAUGCAUACAUAAUGCUUUGCAUUUGGCAAAACAGUGUUCAAGUCUUCAGUUCCUUCUACGUUCGCCAGAAGUUUCCAGUACACGAAGUGUACUCGCAAGUGAAAUUCGAAAAGAUGAUCUUAUUGCUAUUGAUGGUAAUUGGGUUGAUUUUAUUAACCAGGAAUCGCACUGCGGUUUGCAGUAUGGUGAAGGACGGCACAUUAAUUACGAUUUCCAGAAUAUUGAAAAAAGACUAGCAGAAAAAUUACUAUUUGGUAAAGCGCAUGUUUCAUUCAAUGACUUGCCGAACAUUGUUUUUAGAGAUGAACUAUAUCGCAAUUUUCUAACAUUGGUACAAGAGGUGCGUAUUGCGGUUAAACAAGCACAUUUGCCACAGGAUUUGGAGUUAUCGCUUCGAAAAAAAAUGUAAUGACAACAAAAGCCUGUCGUUUGAAUUACUGAACAGUUUAGACAUGAUUCUUACAGUUUUGAAACGUUCGAAGUCUGUCCCCGAAAAACCGUUAAUCGAGUUUGUGAAUGACAGGAAGAUAACAAUAGUAAGUGGAUUCCCAACUCAUCAUUUACCAACUCCUGAAACUAGGUUGUGUCUUUGUCAUGUGAUUUCAUUUCACGAGAUCCUUGAGGAACUAAGCGCUGAGCGCAUUAUUGAAGGACUUGGCGACGAAUAUUAUAACGCUUUGGAAGAAGAAUCACUGGCCCCGUUUAAGUCCAUUAAGACCGUACAGAAAUCAGAAAAUAUUUUAAAAGCAAUCAAAAGAUUCACAUACAGAUGCAUAUUUAUGACAGACAUUUCAAAAGAUGAAAGUCUGAUACAGUUUUUGUCCCAGCCUUCGUUUUGGCCUUUAGACGACUUGGAAAACAACAGAAUUCCAAUGGACGAUGAGGAUGUGCACGACGUAUUCCAGCCAGAUAUACUUGUAUGCCAUGUUGGAACAAUAUACCAAAUAUUGAAGGAAACAAUGGAGAAACUUCAGCAGGGCGUGUUAAAAAUUGACAGAGCCAUCACAAGCUGGAAGGCGAAACCAGAGCCAACAUUACGAAAACAAGCGCAGAAAAAAGGAUUUAGAACACUAAGAGAUGCAUAAAGCACACGGGCAGAUACCGCCAUCCAGCAUGAAGUCCGUAACAUAAUUAAAUAGGAACUCUGGCUUUGUAUUCUUAUUGCUGCGAACAUGAUAUACGACAUCCUGAAUAUGGGUUCAAUAGAAGUUAAGUAUUCAGAUGUUUGUUCGACACUAUUGCAGGACGCAAUGUGACGACAUGUCACAAUUAGAUACUUUAAUCGUCGGUCUUAUGAAGACGAACUGGAUGAUUUAUAUAAAAUAAUUUAGUUGAACAUAACUAGUGCACAUACAUACAUGUAUUUAAUUCGAUACAACUAGAGUCUUAACUUA